GGGAUUCUCAUGUUCUUGAUGCUUUACUGAAGCGAACAAUGGAGCCGUCGGAUUAGCAGAAGGAACCAGCAGCCAGCACAUGAGCAUUCAGUGAACAAGGGAGCCUUCGUUUCAAACAGUGGAAUGGCGCAGUUUUCCUGUCGCUGGCGUAACGUGUUCAUCUGUGUGUGCACGCCAUGCCUCUGCAUGCUGCUGCUGUUCUUCUACGCUGGGAUUGUGAUGUGUAUGAGGAUGAAGGGUGUAAAAGCACCGUGGACCCCAGAAAAUCCUCAAUUUGUGGCCCCAGGAAUUUCAGAACACAAGGGUUUCGCUCCAAUACCGAAAGCUUUCUGGAGAAAUGAACUGCACCAAGACGCCUUUUGGAACCAGCUCCAGCUGGACGUCGACCGCAGUCUAAACCCCAUCCUGCGCCCCAGUGCGACCAAGAGAGGAUUGAAAGGCAGCAAGUUUAGCUUCUUGUUAAGACAAAGUUUCUCUGAGGCUAAAAAACAGGAAAACAUGAAGAAAAUCUUUCACAAUCUGCCACCUCACAUUCAGAGGUUUGUAAACUACAUGCAGAGGAGGACCUACCCAAUCGUCCUCCAGCCAGACGGAGAAUGUGGAGCGCAGGCAAAGGAGGAGAAACAGCCUCCUCUGAUUCUGUUCGCCAUCAAGACAGAAGAGUUAAACUUCAAGAACCGACAGGCCAUUCGACAGACCUGGGGAAGGGCGGGGUGGGUGGCAGGACAGAAGAGAAAUGGCAGCGCAGAGGAAGAAGUUGGAGGGUACGUCCGCAGGGUGUUCCUGCUCGGCAAAGAAAACCCAGAUGACCUGGGAGUGAACAUUUCAGAGUUACUGCGGAUGGAGAAUGAACAUUAUGGAGACAUUCUGCAGUGGGACUUUGACGACACGUUUUCCAACCUCACUUUGAAGGACGUGCUCUUCUGGAGGUGGUUCUCACGCUCGCGCUGUCCAACUGUUUUCGUCUUUAAGGGAGAUGACGACGUCUUCGUCAACACCCCAAACCUGAUAACUUACCUCUGGGACCAACUGGUGACUCUGCAAGCAAACAAGACGUUGAAAGAUUUCAUGGUUGGAGACGUCAUAGCAGCAGCAGCACCCAACAGAGAGGAUAAAUCCAAGUACUUUAUCCCAGAGAGCUUCUACAGUGGUCGCUAUCCACGCUAUGCAGGCGGAGGAGGGGUGGUGUACUCAAGCCUGCUGGCCAAGCGCCUGAACCUCAUUUCCAAAAGAGUUCACCUCUACCCCAUCGAUGACGUUUAUGUUGGGAUGUGCAUGCUCCAGCUUAAUGCCUUCCCUGUCCACCACCCCGCCUUCCUCACAUUUGACUUUCCUGGAGAGGAAGAGAAACAGCCGUGUUCCUACCACAAAAUCCUGCUGGUCCACAAACGAAACCCUGAGCACACAGUUCGACUGUGGUCCGACCUAAAGCAGACACAGACUCAAUGUAAGGACGUAUCCUUGAGGGUUGACGUGAAGAAAAAAAACAUAUCGAAGCCAUGAGACUCUCACAGGUGAUUUACGGCAGCGUUUGUUUAUUGAGGAGAUGUUGUACUGUUAUCCACCCAUCUAUUAUCUAUACACCGCUUAAUCCUCAUUAGGGUCAUGGGGGGCUGGAGU